AUCCCCCUAAAUCGUAUAGAAAUUACAUCAUGUAAUUUCUCUAGACAACAUCGUCUAGAGUAACCUUUUUGUGUUUUUCGAUUUUUCUUGGGAAUUUUUGUGGAUAAAUAGUGAGCCCUGCCAUUUCUGGUUCGAACCAGAUUGGCAGGGACAAGUAAAAGUUGUUCAGAGGAACUACAGGUACACUCUCCAGUGUACGAACUGCCCUCGGUUCUCGCAGCAUCUUUUCGUGACUGUAUUCCUCUCAUUAUUCCUUACUUAACUUCAUACUGCUCGAGUCAUACGUCGGAACGCAUUCUUGUCUGUCUAAUGGAGUCGUCAGGACGCUGGAGCCUUUGCUGCGGGAGCGACCGCAUGCGCCGUGAGGGGGGACAUUCUGGGGCGUCUGAAUGUUGUGCUUCGAGUGAUCUGGGGGCUUGCCCUUAUAACGCUUCGCGUUUGGCCCUUUUAACCAGUGAUCUCAUCAGCGCGGCAUCCGGUCAACCCCUAAAUCCUGCUUUUAUGGUAAAUGCGGCCGAAGAACGUAGAUCUGUGCUGUGGAGCCUUGUUGACUUCUGCAACUCUCACUGCGCGUUGGAUCGUUUCAUUUCGUUGUUCAUGUCGUUGGGGUAUCGUGGAACGAACGUGGAUCUUCCAGGCUCUGGAGACGGAUGGAGGAAGCGCGGAUGUUUGCGGUCGGAUUUUUUUGUUGUUACGCCCGAAGCAAUCUGGGGGCUUGCCCUUACAACGCUCUGCGUUUGGCCCUUAACCAGCGAGCUCGUUGGUGUGGCACCUGUGGAUUCUGGCUGCUUGUUUCCGUAGUUUUUUCUGUCGGUCUCUGUGUUUGCUAGGUUCGCGACUGUCGUAAAAUCAUCUUAAUUGUCAGUUGUUUUCGCCUAUGUUGGUUUGAACAUUUUCAUGUAUUAAAGUAAGUGAAGAAAGUGAAGAAAGUGAAGAAAUCAAGAAAGGAAAGUGAAGUCUCGAACAGAACGAUCAAAAUGAAAGUAACUGCCUUUUUACCCCAGCCGCUCGCCAUACAGAACACCACUACCAGCCGGUGGUUACGUGAUGGCUGUCAGCAGUUAUUGCAUAUUUUGGCAGUUUACGAUGUUGGAUUUAUCAGUGGAGAUGGGAUAGCGUCUGAUCUAUCUACUGUUGCCGUGCUCAUUAUUAUGUUUUUCCGUCGUUUUGUCGGUUUUUAUAAAUUUAUGUAUGCAUUUGUAUCUGCUGAUGUGUGUUGGCUUCCGAAUGAAAAACCAUUUGUAAUGCUGAAUCCACUAUCCAGAAACCACGUUAGGAUAUUCGAAUUUUUGAUCACUCUGGGUUUGCUGCUGAACGGAAUGGAUUUGCGGCAAGUGAUUUCGCCAUUUCGACCGGUUUUGAUUGGCCGUGAGUCGCAGUGCAUUAGCUACCGGAAUACUCUAGUCGUGUGGAUGGAGAAGGAUGACUACUGGCUCGGAUACUUCCCUAGGACAUUAACAGUGCCGAUGGCACCGUGUAGGUUAACUUUGAGGCCUCCGCAGCGCCGACGCGCCUCAUCCCUGCGCCGCGGGACCUACACGCGCAAGCCCAAACCAUGCGAGCAUAUGCACUAGCUGUGGCGAGUAAUACUGGCCGAUCCGCGUACCACACGCCACAUCAGUGUCCCGAUGGAAAAUCCGUCAAGAUUACGAUGUCGCGAACAUCUGAACUGCUCCCGUAUAGCGAUGGCGCUUAACCGGACCAUCACUGCCGCUACGCAGAGCGUCACCAUCACAGCAUCGGCGGGUGACUGGGGACGCGGAGCGGUUUAACAUGCACAUCGCGCGCUGCAUGCUGGACUUAUUGGGGCCAUGGCACUGCAACUGUCCGUCAUGCAGAUCAAAUCCUUCUGCCUGAAAUACAGGGCACCACAAAUACUGACUGACUUCCGGCCACACUGUCAGCGCCUCAUUGUCGAUGCGCCGGAAAAUGGGCGGAUCGCUCUUUGACAGGAUGCGGUCGGAUGUGCAUGACUGGCACAUCCGAUGACGAUGUUCAGACCUUGUUCAGACGAUCUGCAAUUACCGGAAGGCGAACAUGGACUUCAUCAACUCUGAUCCUCCCGAUGGCGGUGCGCACGAACGGGACGCGAUUUGCGCACGGUGGAUCUGGCCCACGACAGCAAACUGGUGUUGUGGGGGAUCAACGACCUGUUCAACAUCUGAAUUCUGUGGAUCCCUAAUAAAUGUAUAAACAGGAAGUGUAUAUACGAGACUACCAAAAGGUCUGUACGUUCAGCAUUAAGUAAACUUAUUCCUAAUUAUAUCGUUAUGUAUUGAUUGGUUAAAGCGCUGUAAUGUGUGUAUCUAAAUUAAAAGUGCCACGGUACAUGGUACCGAAUUCCUGUACAUGCAUGAAAACUUUCGCUUUCCAGCAUUCCCAGACACUUGUUGUUUUGCUUUUGCUGUUUGCAAUUAUGUAACGUAGGUGGCUGUAUGCCGAUCAUAAUCCUAAUCCUUGUUGCGGUAACGGAAUCGGAUGCUGAUCGUCACGCGCAUCCAUCCGAAAAGCAUUUAUGCACGCCAAGAUUUCUUCGGUCUGUGUAUAAGAAAUCGCAGCGACUUCUCGCUAUUUUCUGGCAUAAAAUAGUGAAAACUGGAAGUCAGUGAUGGAAAUCCCUGGGGCUCUAAACUAAGA